AAGGUCGUAGCCAUGGGUUUGGGGGCAGGAGAAAGGAGCUAACCCAGCCAUCUGGAAAACAUUGGAGGACUUGCCCAGCCUUUAAAGGACUCUAGUGCUUUCUGAAUCUACCCCACUCUGGCGGUAAGCAUGAUGCAACUUCUGCAGCUUCUGCUGGGGCUUUGGGGGCCAGGUGGCUAUUUGUUCCUUUCAGGGGAAUGUCAGGAGGUGGCCACUCUCACUGUGAAAUACCAAGUAUCAGAGGAAGUGCCAUCUGGCACAGUGAUAGGGAAGCUAUCCCAGGAAUUGGGCUGGAAGGAGAGGCAUGAGCUGGAGGUAGCUGCCUUCCAGGUCUUGCAGCUGCCUCAAGUGCUCCCCAUUCAGGUGGAUGCUGAGGACGGCUUGCUCAGCACUGGGAGGCGGCUAGACAGAGAGCAGCUCUGCCGGCAGCGGGAUCCCUGCCUGGUUUCCUUUGACGUGCUUGCCACAGAGGAUUUGACUCUGAUUCACGUUGAGAUCCAGGUGCUGGACAUCAAUGACCACCAACCGCAGUUUCCCAAAGGUGAGCAGGAGCUGGAAAUCUCUGAGAGUGCCUCUCUGCAUACCCGGAUCCCCCUGGACAGAGCUGUUGACCCAGACACUGGCCCCAACACACUGCACUCAUACACUCUGUCUCCCAGCGAACACUUUGCCCUGGAUGUCAUCGUGGGGCCUGAUGAGACUAAAUAUGCAGAACUCGUGGUGGUGAAGGAGCUGGACCGGGAAAUCCACUCAUUUUUUGAUUUGGUGUUAACUGCCUAUGACAGUGGGGACCCCCCUAAGUCAGGCACUAGCCUGGUCAAGGUCAAUGUCCUGGACUCCAAUGACAAUAGCCCUGUGUUUGCUGAGAGCUCGCUGGCACUAGAAAUCCAAGAAGAUGCUGCCCUUGGUACUCUCCUCAUAAAGUUGACUGCCACAGACCCUGACCAAGGCCCCAAUGGGGAGGUGGAGUUUUUCCUCAGCAAGCACGUGCCUCCAGAAGUGCUAGAAACCUUCAGUAUUGAUGCUAAGACAGGCCAAGUCAUUCUGCGUCAAACACUAGACUAUGAGAAGAAUCCUGCCUAUGAGGUGGAUGUCCAGGCGAGAGACCUAGGUCCCAAUCCCAUCCCAGCCCAUUGCAAAGUUCUCAUCAAGGUUCUGGACGUCAAUGACAAUGCCCCGAGCAUCCAUGUCACAUGGGCCUCCCAGUCACCACUGGUGUCAGAAACUGUUCCCAGGGAUAGUUUCAUUGCUCUCGUCAUGGCAAAUGACUUGGACUCAGGAAAUAAUGGUCUGGUCCACUGUUGGCUGAGCCAAGAGCUGGGCCACUUCAGGCUGAAAAGGACCAAUGGCAACACAUAUAUGCUGCUAACCAAUGCCACGCUGGACAGGGAGCAGUGGCCCAAGUAUACUCUCACUCUGUUAGCCCAAGACCAAGGACUCCAGCCCUUAUCAGCCAAGAAACAGCUCAGCAUUCAAAUCAGUGAUGCCAAUGAUAACGCACCUGUGUUUGAGAAGAGCAGGUAUGAGAUCUCCACUAGGGAAAACAAUCAACCCUCUCUUCACCUCAUCACUGUCAAGGCUCAUGAUGCAGACUUGGGCAUCAAUGGAAAAAUCUCAUACCGCAUCCAGGACUCCCCAGUUUCUCACUUGGUAGCUAUUGAUGCAGACACAGGAGAGGUCACUGCUCAGAGGACACUGGACUAUGAGCAGAUGGCCAGGUUUGAGUUCCAGGUGAUUGCGGAGGAUAGGGGGCAGCCCCAGCUUGCAUCUAGUGUCUCCAUGUGUGUCAGCCUCCUGGAUGCCAACGAUAAUGCCCCAGAAGUGGUUCAGCCUGUGCUCAGCAAUGGAAAAGCCAGCCUCUCAGUACUUGUAAAUGCCUCCACGGGCUACCUUCUGGUGCCCAUCGAGACUCUCAAUGGCGUGGGUCCAGCAGAUGCUGACAUACUACCACCAGCCACCCACAGCCCCCCGCCAUUCCUUUUGAUGACCAUUGUGGCAAGGGACGCAGACUCAGGGGCAAAUGGAGAGCUCCUCUACAGCAUUCGGAGGGGUAACAAAGCUUGCCUCUUUGUCCUCAGCCCCCACCUGGGGCAGCUGUUCAUCAAUGUCACCAAUGCCAGUAGCCUCAUUGGGAGUGAGUGGGAGCUGGAGAUAGUGGUAGAGGACCGUGGCAGCCCCUCCUUGCAGACCCAAGCCCUGUUGAAGGUCAUGUUUGUCACCAGCGUGGACCACCUGAGGGACUUGGCCCAUGAGCCCGGGACCCUAAGCACAUCCGUGCUGACGGUGAUUUGCCUGGUUGUACUGGUGGCCAUUUUCGGGUUGAUCUUGGCUCUGGUCAUGUCCAUCUGCCGAACGGAGAAGAAGGACAACCGGGCCUACAACUGUCGGGAGGCUGAGUCCACUUACCGCCACCAGCCCAAGAGGCCCCAGAAACAUAUUCAGAAGACGGACAUCCACCUUGUGCCUGUGCUCAGGGGCCAGGUGAAUGAGCCUGGUGAAGUUGGACAGCCCCACAAGGACACAGGCAAGGAAGCGAAUAUGAGCGAAAUCUGGGACCCCUACCUGCAGGCCCCCUUUCACCUCACUCCGACCUUGUACAGGACCCUGCGUAACCAAGGCAACCUGGGAGAACUAGCUGAGAGCCAGGAGGUGCUGCAGGACACAGUCAACCUCCUUUUUAACCACCCCAGGCAGAGGAAUGCCUCCCGGGAGAACCUGAACCUUCCUGAGCCCCAGCCCACCAUGGGCCAGCCAUGCUCAAGGCCCCUGAAGGCUACAGGCAGCCCCACUGGGAGACUGCCUGGAGACCAGGAUCUUGGGGAGGCUCAGCUAAGCCCACCAGCCUCCUCGGCAACCCUGAGGCGGAAGCGGAAUCUCAAUGGCAAAGUGGCUCCUGAGAAAGAGUCAGGCCCCCGUCAGAUCCUGCGGAGCCUGGUCCGGCUGUCCGUGGCUGCCUUCGCAGAGCGGAACCCUGUGGAGGAGCUCACCAUGGAUUCUCCGCCUGUUCAGCAAAUUUCCCAGCUGCUGUCCUUGCUGCAUCAGGGCCAAUUCCAGCCCAAACCAAACCACCGGGGAAAUAAGUACUUGGCCAAGCCCAGCAGCGGCAGCAGGAGUGCAGUGCUAGACACGGAAGGCCCAGGUGCCAGGGUUGGUGGCCAGGCAGAACUAGACCAGGAAGAAGGGCUCUUGGACCCUGAAGAAGACCUGUCUGUAAAGCAGCUGCUAGAAGAAGAGCUGUCGAGCCUACUGGACCCCCACACAGGCCUGGCCCUGGACCGGCUGAGCGCCCCCGACCCGGCCUGGAUGGCGAGGCUCUCUUUGUCCCUCACCACCAACUACCGCGACAACGUGUGUUCCCCAGACGCUGCGACCUCUGAGGAGCCUCGGACCUUCCAGACGUUCGGGAAGGCGGCGGGGCCCGAGCUGAGCCCUACGGGCACGCGGCUGGCCAGCACCUUCCUUUCCGAGAUGAGCUCGCUGUUGGAGAUGCUGCUGGCGCAGCGCUCCAGCGUGGUGCCCGUGGAGGCCGCCUCUGAGGUGCUGCGGCGGCUGUCGGUCUGCGGGAGGACCCUCAGUCUGGACCUGGCCACCAGCGGGGCGUUGGGCACGGAAACCCAGGAGGGCCCUGGUGGAAAGAAGGGGGCCAAGGGCAGGACCGGCAGCAGUAGCAGCAGCAGGGGCCUGUGAAUACACUUUGGGCAUCUCUGGAUCCAGGAACCAGGGACCUUGGGAAUUGUUAGGGAGCCCAGGCUCUGAGGAUCCUGGAACAUGAGCUGGUUUCUAAAAUCUUUGAAACUCACUGACCAGAGGCAGCCCGAGAACUUUAAGGUGACCAAUGCUGCCCCUGCAAAGGAGGCAAGGGCCCCAGGACUAACAGCUGUCUCACCAAAGCAGGCUACCUUGUUAGGGACUAGCUCUGCCUGUGAAUUUCUUAGAGGAGGGGGCAGUUUGGGGCUGAGAUAAGUGUUUGCUGGCAAAACACACAUAGAGUGCAAAGAGUUGGUCUUUUGUUGGAACAGAUGCCAAGGAGUAUCCCAAGCAGGAAAAGUUGGCCUUGUGGGAUACUAGGGGUGGGGAGCUGGAUCCUGGGGGCCCCAGGCAAUGCUCUCUGACCUACUAAUAAAGGUAAAGCAGUGGCUUACUGUCUGGUUUGCACUUAUCAAGAGGGAGGUGGGAAGAGUGAGGACUCUUUGUCCUCCACUGGCAAGAGAGUCUUGCUGGGCCUGGACAGGACUGGGGGAAGUUGGCACACAGUGUGUUAGGUACCCAGAUGAUGGACAUAUGUACUCUUGAGCCCACUCCUCUAGUGCUACAUGAUCAAAUAAUCUGCUCAGCUGGAAAAUUGGGGUAAGAAAAACAUUACUAUUUACGGAACAUUUAUAUAAGCCAUGCACCAGGCUUUACAAUAUGAUUUAACUUAAUUUUCACAACCCUGGAAAGGAGGUAUUAUUAUCCCCAUUCACAGACAAGGAAAUGAGGCUCAGAGAGGUUGAGUGUCUUGCCCGAGACACCCCCUAAGCAGGGAGAAGAGACAGAGCCAGUAUCUGGACCUAGGCUUGUCCAGCACCAAAACCCAUGCCCUCAACCUUGACACUAGACUGCCAGCCAAGGAAAAGGGAGAGCCUCCAAAGGUGGGUGUUUGCCAAAGGUAGACUGGCCUGAGGGAACAUUUCUAGUGCUGCUCGGGCCUGCACAUCUUUGUGAACUUCCAAGCACAGAGCAAGAGAAGCUUGGAUCUGGCCUGAUGCAGGCCUGGGCCUCUGCAGGCCCCUGUCCUUCCCCAGCCAGCAGCCCUUCAGGUACAGAAGUCGUCUUUUCCGACCCACUGUUUGUGGGUAAAUCUUCUUCGGUCACAGCAGGCUCAGGUUGUGGAUUCAGGCCCUAGAGGACAGUGUAUGAAAUGGGUCUAUGAAAUGGAUGUUGACAGCAGGGGACCUUCUGGGAAGGAGUGAGUGAAGAAACAGCAAAUAUGUUCCCAAGGCUCAGCCUUAUAAUUUUCCUGGAAAUUUCCAAGCAGUCAGUCAGCUAGAUUCUCAAUAGCACAGGACUCUCUGGAUGCUGAAGGCAACAUUUCUUCUCUGUGUUCCUCCUUUUGUCCUCUUUUAGAGCUCAGUACUCAUGACCACAGAAAUGGGCCAAUCAUCCUUUCAACUAGGGAUAAUGAAAAUCAACACAUACUUGGAAUGCAGGGUGGCAUCGUCAUCUCAUUUUACAGAUGAGGAAAAUGAGGUCCAAAGUAAUUAAGUGCUUAAGGGGCAGGAAGAGAACUGGGUCUCUAAUCACCCGACUCCAGGCCUGAGUGAUCUCUUUACAAGAUCUGUGAUUUUCAAGCUGGUUCACAGAGCCGUUGGGUUCUGAAGGUCAAUGAGGGAGGCCAGGGGGAGAUCAAGAAGGCAGGAUCUUCGGGCUAUCCAGGCAGGUGCUGGGCAUAGAGCUGAUACUUGAUGUUUGUUGAAUGGAUGAAUGAAUGGAUGGGUAAAUGAAUGCUUCAACUAGAGACCCCUUUUAUCUAUAUAGGAGCUCCAGGGAAGAUGACAUUAGGAAAAAACAAGGUUGUAUGAUGUAAAAGCAGAGUCUAAAACUACAGCACUUGAAGUAGACCAUGCUGACUGAUGCCCCAGCUACUAGAGAAUUUCAGUGCAGCGCUGAUGUUGGGGAGGUGGAAAGGAGAAGAGAUGGAGAAGGAGGUGACCUCAGGACCCUGGGACCAUGGCUGGCAGCUAGACUAUUGGGAACACUAGAUCACUGCAUCACUCUAGUUCAGAAGUCGUAAAUCUGUAGUCCUUGUGGCUCCUGAAUAGUAGGCCACACAUUGUGUGUAAGCAUUUUUCUGUGCAGAGGAUACAAAGCUCUCCUCAGAUUCUCAAAGGAACAUGUGACCUAUAAAAUGUUAUGCAGCGCUGCUCUAAGACACUAUCAAACCUCUGCAGACAUGGGCAAUUUCAGUCAUAAGGAGUCCGAACAUUUUUACUUCAGCUCUUCAUUUUAUAGCCAAGGCUAUGGAAGGGCAGAAAUGUUAGAGGACUUGCCCAAGGCCAUGUGGCAGGUUUGGGUAGAACUAGGAUUUGGAUGUGGGAUUUAGUAGACGCCCUUUCAAGUACAUCAAGAGUUUUUUUUUUAAUUGUAUUUUUGUUGUUGAGAAUACACACAGCAGAACAUAUACUAAUUCAACAAUUUCCGCAUGUACAAUUCAGUGACAUUGAUUACAUUGUAGUUGUGCAACCAUUCUCACCUCUUUUCAGAAUUGUUCCUCCCCCAUUAAUGUAAACUUACUGCCCCCUGAGUUUCCUACCUAAUCUUUCUAGUUGCUGGUACAGCAGGAGUUCCUAACCCGGGGUCUUUGCUGAGACUUCAGGAUCUACGAACCCUCUGAACUGCGUGCACAUCCGGAAAGAUGUGCAGUUUUCUAGGGGAAGGAGUCAGCCCUUUCAUCCAGUUCCCAACGGGGUCUGUGACCUAAAUAAGAUUAAGGACCACUACCUUGCAACCCUCUAGCUCAGUCUUCAGCUCUGCCCCCCUGCAGAAGCCUGAGGAACUCAUGUGUAGAUCCUGUCCUGUGAAAACAGUUCUUUGAUAGGGUGGGGUGUAUGUAUGUGAGGGUUGGCUACACUUGGCUUGUUCUCUCCCUGCAUAAUACAAUCCACCCCCGACCCUGCACGCUGAUACCAGCCCCUUUCCCAACAAUAGGCUGAGAGUGAAACAGUGUAUAUGGUGACAGAACUGAGAGUGCUGAACAGGAAGGUUACAGAAACUUCCUGACCUCAACCAACAUGUCAAAGCUGAGACUUUGGACAGGCUCAAAACAGUUCCCACCAAGCUGGGCUCUGUCCCCUGGGAGGUUGAGGUAGCAGGCAAGCCAGCAAGCGCUCAGUUAAAUGUCGUCUUAAUUUGGAAAGCACAGAGGGACAUUUUUUAUCAAUAGUCAGUCUUUCCCCAGCACCAGGAGUGCAAUGCGGUGCUCACUCAGAGCCUGGGGGCAGCUCGGAGAUUGACAGGCAGCCUCCUUACCUGUCACCCAGCUUCGGCUUGGCAGCUCACUGACCCUACUUCUCCUCUGGCUGAAACAAGAGUGAGAUGGCAACUACUACCUUGGGACUCUGGAAGAGAACCAAAUCCCCAAAAGAAGACAGGUGGGGUGGGAAGGCUUAGCACCAGUCCAGCCUGGCACAUAGUGUGCGUUAGCAAAUAGGUACAAUGUAAUGAGUGGGAGGGUGCAUGAUCAGAAACACUCAUUCAACAAAUAUUUUGUAUUUAUUGAACACUAUUAAGUGCCAGAAGUAGCACUAGAACAGUAGUGCAGAGAGGGGUAUACAGAAUCAUUCAUUCAUUCACCAAUUAUUUAAAGCACCUACUAUGUGCUGGAUAGGCCUGGUGCCAGUCAUUGAAUGGACAGGCGAGUAGAUGUAUAGAUUACUGAAUAAAUAUUUACUGAACACCUACUAAGUACUUAGUACCAUAUUAGCACUGAAGAUAAAAUGAACCAAACGGCCUCGUUCCUAUCUAGAAUUAGGGCUCCCUGAGAAGUGUCCCCGGAUAAGGAAAUGGAUGCAGUAGAACCUCGUAUAAGGUCUCAUCGCUGAGGGCACUGGGGCCUGAACCUUGAGCCACCCAGCAUCCUGACCCAGGCUGGAUGUUGAUGGGGAGCCGCCUCCCUGUCCUUCCCCCACAUUUCCUCUCAGGGUGCUGACAACAAGUCAUUAAUAACAGAGUUUUAAUGGCAAAAGCACAGCAGCUCAGUCUGCCGAUGAGAUCCUUCCCCUGGGACUGUAUCAAGACCGCAGUGUCUGAACAGCCAAGGAUUUUUGGUCCCUUGACAACAUCUCUCACGACUCUCCCAUCCUUCCCUCUCCACCCAGAGAGGCCUUUCCUUUUUAAAUUGGAGAGCUUAAAAAUAUCCCACCCCCACCUUUGGCACCCCGAACUGAAUCAAUGUUUAACUUGCAAGAAGGAGAGCUGCACCAGCUGUCCCCACAGGAUGCCCAGUGCCCAUGGACUAUCUGAACUGCCCCUUGGCUCCCAGGCACAGUCAGGAGGAAGCUGUAAUCAAAGAACCCAAAAUGACAACAUGAGGGGACAAGGCUGGUGAGUGGGGCUCUGUGAGGAGGGCAGGAGGUGACAUUUUACACAGAGCCUUCCGAACAGUGCCCCAGGAAGCUUAACAGGCAACCUUCGGGGAACAGGUCUGCUCAGGGCAGUGAGGGAAACACUGGGUUAACCAAGUUCUUUACUGUAGGACUUCUUGGAACUUUGAAUAUGCUGAUAUGCAAUGUGAAUCUAUAAAAAGGGGAUGUCUAGUGCAGCGUUUCCCAA